AUGGAUAUAAGAAGUGGGAGAGUUGAGAAAAGAGCUAUUGAGAGAGAGAGGAAGAUGAAGACUGCGCAGACGGUGCUGAUAACAGGGGUUGGAAAAGGGCUUGGGAGAGCCCUGGCUCUUGAAUUGGCGACUCGAGGUCAUACAGUAAUCGGAUGCUCCCGUUCACAGGAUAAUCUCAACUCCCUCCAAUCCCAACUCUCUUCUUCCAAUCACAGCCUCAACCAUUUGUUCGUCAAUGCCGACGUCAGGUCCAACGACGCCGUUCAACAAUUGGCCCGACUUGUCAUGGACAAAAAGGCUGUUCCUGAUAUUAUAGUGAAUAACGCCGGUACAAUCAAUAAGAACAACAAGAUAUGGGAGGUUCCGGUGGAAGAGUUCGAGGAGGUGAUGGAUACGAACGUGAAGGGGACCACGAACGUGUUGCGCCACUUCAUCCCUCUGAUGAUAGCGGCCAACAAGGGUGAAGGGAUAAUAGUGAACAUGUCUUCGGGAUGGGGUAGGUCGGGUGCGGCGCUGGUGGCUCCCUACUGCGCCUCCAAGUGGGCCAUAGAAGGGCUGAGCAAAUCGGUGGCGAAAGAGGUGCCUCAAGGGAUGGCAGUGGUGGCGCUGAAUCCGGGUGUUAUUAACACUGACAUGCUCUCCUCCUGCUUUGGCUCAUCUGCCUCUCUCUAUCAAACCCCUCAGUCAUGGGCUCUCAAGGCAGCCACCCUCAUUCUCAAUCUCUCCCCCGCUGACAACGGUGCUUCUCUCACUGUCUGA